AUGUCCUCUUUCGCCGACGAGAAAGGCGAUGUUGCCGCCAUCGAACGUGUCGAGUCCGACACGUCAGCUAACGAUGCUGCUAUCGAGCGGUUUACCCCCGAGCAACAAAAGAAGAUUAUUCGCAAGGUGGACUUUCGGCUUAUCCCCACUCUCGGCUGUCUGUACUGUGUCUCGCUCAUGGACCGUACCAAUCUUGGUGUCGCCAUGGUGGCAGGCAUGGGUGUCGACCUGAAACUCACAGGCGAGCAAUACAGCAUCAUUGUCUUGCUGUUUUUCAUCUCCUAUGUUGCACUGCAGCCCCCAGCUACUGUUGUCCUGAGAAAAUGGGGUCCAAAGCUUUUUUUGCCAUCCAUCGUGGUCCUUUGGGGAAGCGUCAUGAUCGGUUUUGGUUUCGUCAAGGAAUGGACUUCUCUGAUUCCUCUUCGUCUUCUGCUAGGUGUCUUUGAAGCCGGUUGUUUUCCUGGCUCCGCGUACCUUCUUUCUUGCUGGUAUAAACGGUACGAGCUCCAAAAACGCAACACCUUCUUUUUCCUCAUCGGAAUGUUGUCUUCAGCCUUCUCCGGCAUCCUUGGCUAUCUCUUCUCCCUACUCAACGGUCAUGGUUACCAAGCAGCGGAGUGGCUCGGCCAGCACUAUGGCCCAACAAAGAAAGCGCCGAAAACUCCCGUCGGAUUCGGCCCAGGCUUGUCUGGCUGGCGUUGGAUUUUCAUACUGCAGGGGAUCAUCACCGUCGUCAUCGGUUUGAUCGGAUGGUGUUAUAUUGUUGAUUUCCCAGAGUUGGCUGCCAAAUCGAGCAAAAUUCAAAAGAACUUCCUCGAGCAGGAAGAGGUGGACUUCAUCGUUGCAAGAAUCGAGCAGGACCGUAACGAUGUCGUCGCCGAGGAAUUCAACCUCAAGAAGUACCUUGCAGGUGGCAUGGACCUCAAGGUCUGGGGCUUCGCACUAAUCUUCAUGUUUACCACUACGAUCACGUACGCUAUUGCUUACUUCCUUCCCAUCAUUCUUAAAGACGGAAUGGGUUUCAGCACUGCUGCUUCUAACUGUCUGAUUGCCCCUCCCUACGUAUUCGCUGGAUUUGUCAUGAUCGGCUUUGCGUGGGCUGGUGACAAGUACCAGAUCCGCUCUCCGUGGGUCCUUGCCAACGGUGUCCUUGCUCUUAUUGGACUGCCUAUGAUGGGCUUUAGUUCCAAUAUUGGUGUCAGAUAUUUCGGGGUCUUUCUCGCUACCGCAGCAUCCAAUGCCAACAUUCCCUGCAUUCUCACCUGGCAAGCAAACAACAUUCGUGGUCAAUGGAAGCGAGCUUUCUGUUCUGCUACCCUUAUUGGUGCCGGAGGCAUCGGCGGUAUAAUUGGUGGCACAGUUUUCAGGACCCAGGACGCUCCCAAGUACGUCCCUGGUAUUAUUGCCUGCAUGAUCUCAGCAGGCAUGAUUAUCUUUAUUACGCUUUUGAUGAACCUCAAGUUCUGGAGAGCAAACAAGAGGGCUGCCAGUGGUGGCAAGAUCAUUGAGGGGCUUGAGGGAUUCAGGUAUACCAUGUGA